GUCAGAUUUCUGUGAUAACAUAGAUUUCAAAAUUAUUUUUUAGAUAAAUUUCGGAUUAAUUAGUGAAUUAAAUGUAUCAACACUUUACUUUUAAGUUACGCUUUGUUUAAUAAAUAAAUAGUCUAAAAACAUGGUUACGAUGUUGCGUCCCUUACAAAAUAAAAGUUUAUAUUUCGGUUUUGUUUUAUUUACUUGUUUUGGAUAUCUUUCAGCAAAUCACUGUAACUUCAAUGUUAAACUGAAACAAGUUCUGAAAAAUCAAGGAUUUCACAGGAACAUAUCCUAUGGGAUUGUAUUCAACACAGAUGAUGACAACUGCUGGCUGUACAAGGAUUGUGUGGUCGGACUGGACCAAACACUACCACACGGAGUCUAUGCCAAUCCUGAUGAACUGAGCACUCUGAGACGAAUGAAGAAGUUGAAUGCAGUCCCCAAGACCCGUAUAAACACGGAGAUGCCAGCGGAACACUCAUACCCCACCACCACAUACAUCACGGAGAAGAUAAAAGACUGCAAGGUGCAUGUCUGGCUGCCGGUGCAUGCUCGGUACCAUUUAGCCACUCCCGGAGGAGGAAUGGCCCGCAACACAAUAGGCCCCCCAAAGCUGUACCUCCGCUGCCCCGACCAGCGCCUGGACAUGUGCAAUAAAGCGGCCACUCCUGUUACCUUCCUCUGCAACGGGAGCUCUAAGGAAAAGUGCAGCUGGAAGGAACUGCCUUAUACUUUGCUUACAGACACCUUGGUAUGGAACAUCCCAGUGGGCAACAUGGAGCACUACCACGCGAUCUCCGUCGGCACCGCCCUGGUCAUAGCCAUCGGUUCGCUCUACCUGAUCAAGGCGAUACACGAACACAAACUAGUCACCAUGCCCUUCAAUCCGUAUAGCUCUUUACACAAUUAGAAAUAAGGUACAAUUUUGAAAUAGUCUUUUACCCGUGAUGUAUUUUUAACUAACGUAGCUCAAUAGUCAUGGUUACAUCAAUAGUUGUGGCGAAUUAAAAAAAAUCUUAGCUGUAGUUUUCAUAGUGACUAAACAUUCCAUUUUCCAAAAAUGAUUUAUUCAUUUAAUGUUGCAUUCAGACGUAGCCAAAGAAAUAUAUUAUAGUUAAGUUAAUAAAUAGUUACUAUCAAACUUAUAAUAAUGGAUGUUUAGCGCCUGACGGAAAAAUAAACGCAAUGUCCAGAGUGUGACGGCGCGCGUAUUACCUAUAAGGCUACCAGCAGGCGUUACACUUAAUAUUGGUCUAAAUUAUACAUAAUGACAUGUCAGCCUAAACUAAUCUUAUAUUUAUAUAUUUUAAGUAUUUCUAUCUCGAUGAUAAUAAGUAGAACAAAUAGCCUCAGUUCUCGUAUAAUUAAUUUUUUUUAAAUGUUUUGAAAAAUUUAUCGAGUGUUAAAUGAAAAUAAAAACCGAUCUUAAUCCAAAAUCUGUACCUAUAUUAAGAUUGUUUGUGAUAAAUUUCGAGUUUUUCAAAUUUCCGCAGAAUCCACAGACAAAUUGCGUAUUUAAUUUUAAUAUACUUAUCAUAGGUAAUGCCCUAGUUUCUGCCGACCUAAA